GGCUUUCUGAGGACUCGUAGGUUGUGUGCAUUGUCGCUGUUGAGAGAUACACGUCUUACCUAUAAAGAAACAUCACAAAGGAGUACAGGGGAAAUGUUUACAUGUACGAGCAGAAACUGCAAGGCUUUUUAAAACCACACGGUAGAUAAACUCACCAGCUUCUCAGUUCAUGGAUCACAAGAUUUAAUACAAUUGAUUAUCUCCUAUCUUAAAGCUGAGGUAACAGCCAUCAAGAUUGCACAGAGUUGGGCAGAGCAGAAUCUGGGUGAAUCAGAAAACUUUUAGGACUUGUUAAAAGAAAACAACUUGCUAAACACAACACUGCCAGUCAAGCAAAUUGUCCAAGUGGGUUUGCUUUUGUAGAGACCAAGAUGCCGAUCUUAAAGCAGCUAGUAUCAGGCUCAUCACAGACUAAGCGGCGCACUCGUAUGGACCUCACUACUGAGAUGAUCAGCGCUCCCUUAGGGGACUUCCGGCACACCAUGCACGUAGGACGAAGCGGGGAAGCUUUCGGGGAUACCUCUUUCCUCGGCACUCGAUCUGGAGAGCCAAUACCAGAAAGCCACACCUAUCCUCGCUCUCCAAAACCGGGACUGUUGUCUCGUACCUUCAGGAGCAGCAAGCGUUCACAGUCUGUCACGAGAGUAGACCAGCGAGAGAAAACCCUCCUUCCAAGUGAGUCACCUACCUUUGUAAAGAAUGCCAUGUCCCUGCCCUUCCUCAACAAUGAAGAGGGACAAGAUGGAGAUGAAAGGGUGCUCAAGAGCUUGACCUCCAGCCCCUCCAAUGGAGCUUCUGCUAAUGCAUUGGACCUAGAGCUCCAUGAGAGGCACUUUGGGGUGUUGACAGAACUACGACCUUUCAAAUCUUUCAAUGGGGGGGGUAUGAAGAAGGCUGAAUCUGUGAUGUCAUUCCAUAUUGACCUUGGGCCCUCUAUGCUAGGGGACAUCCUGGGGGUCAUGAAAAUAGAAGAUGAUGACCAAGGGUUCGAAGAAGGAAAGAGCAGUGAAGUCCAUGCUUCACCUCUUCCCGGCAACCACGAAGGAAUGGAAGAGGAUGAGGAGAUAAGGGAGGACAUAAUGAAAGAACAGAAACCAGAGGAUUUUGUGGUUCAUGAUGAGGAACCCAUUAGGGCUCCCAGUUCUGUUGACCUCGAGAUCCAGAGUGAAGGCCCCAGCACUCCAGAACCACACCACAAACACCUGCAUCACCAUGACAGCUGCUCUGUCUCAAGCUCAGGUUCGGCUGCCAUGGAGGACAAACCAACCAAUCAGCCUUACGAAGAAGACAUGGGUAGGACUGACAAGGCCUGCAACUCAGACAAUGAACCAGCAUUCUCUUCCUUAAUAGAGGAUGAGGAUGAUGAGAUCAGAUUAUGAAACCCCACAAUCAGUAAACAUUUCUGGGGAUCGAGAGACAGAAUUUGUCUUUCUAGCAUUGUGUAAAAGAGACAGAAUUGCUGCUGGUGGUAAGUGUGAAGUUGGGGUGUAGAUAUUAGCACGUCAAAGCUGGACAGAUAUCUCAGGUUCAUGUGUCCCUGUAGAGUGAAGUUGGGGAGACUGCUUUAGCUCAGACACCAAAGCCAUCUGUCAACACUACUCACCAACUGUAAGAAUCACAGCUGGAUGUGUUUACAUUCAGACAAAAGAUCAGCCCAAAAGGGACGCUUUGUGGUUUCUACUGAUAGCUCUGCUGAAAGAAAGGUGGUCAGGGAUACAUACGUUACUGAAAUAAUAAACUUCACUUGCUCAAGUGGAUGCAUUUAUAUGCCAUUCUCCAUAGUCCCAUGUCUUAUUGCCUAAAGAUAUUUGUUCUUUUCGGAUUUUGAGCACUAGUGCAUUAACGUAAAUAAUAAUUUGCUCUGUGACCCUGUGUAUGUUAACCCUGUGCAUAAAAGCUUCCAUUGACAAAAUGGAUAAUGUUGAGCAUGGAGGUAACUCGUGUUACAAGCAAGCUGAACUGGUCAUGUCUGGUAUUAAAUGUUGAAUUCUGUUUUUUUCAUACAUAUCCUUGGGAUUGUCGAGUGCAUGUAAGUCAGUCAUACGUCCAAACAGAUGAUGCCAUUAUGAGAGCUACUGUGAUUCUGAAGUGUAGGAAAUGUUCUUGAGAUGGAGGUCACAAACUGUAGCAGUCUGAGCUGGAAUGGAAAUGAUUUGAAAGUGGCAGAUGUUGGCAGACCUUCUUCACCCUACAUAGACUGGUCAUGGUCCACUAUUGGGAAAAAUAGCGACAGGUGUUCUUUAAUCUGAUCUCAUUUUUCAGUCCAUACUUGUUUUGCAUAGUAGCUGUCAGCUCAGUAUCUUGCAUAUCUCACCACUUCCUUCCCGCUCUUCAUGGCACAUGAAGGAAACCACUUAGCUGUGUUUCUCACUGGAGUUUUGAACAGUAUGGCUGUGUCACUGUCAUUGCAUCGUUUAAACUAUUGGGUUAAGUAAAAUGUGUUUUGUACAUUUAAACUAAGAAGCCAGUUGUGGCUGGUCAUAUGUUCUAGUAAACAUUUAAAUGUCAGUUGUUUUCAUUGUGCUAACUCUGGCAUUAACAAAUUACACUGCUAUUGCCCCUCAGGAAAUUCGAUGGGGCGGUAUGAUGCACUGUUGGGCAAAGACACUAAUCUACAUUUAUUCUGUUUGCAUACAUUGACUUUUCAUUAAUAAAGAGUACAUAUAGGUCUAUAUAUGUUGCAGAUCACCAUGAAUAAACUAAAAUGAGGCCUUUAUUAUAGAAGACAUUUUUGCUUUUUUGUAAUCACUCAGUAUGUGAAUUAACUGCAGUAGUCUGUAAGCUUUUUGUUCCUGUAUUAAGGGUCAGGCAUUGUGUCGAUAUCCUCAAGACUACUGUAAUGUUACAUCUGACAAAAUUUAUAGGAAAUCUUCAACCGCUUCACACUAAGGGUCACUUCAGCCUUAAACAGAAAUUAUGUAAGUGCCAAAUAGCAUGUAGCUACUGCCUAGUAAGCCUGACAUUUGAGUAUAAUUGUACAUAUGCUAACAGAAUUUGCCUUAAUUUACUAUUUCAGAUAUAGACCAAAAGAUCCAUCUCAAUUUGAUUACUGUGGUAAAAAAUGCUUAGCAAAAAAUAUUCUAAUUUGCUUUCUGAUGAACCACAGAGAAAGAGAAAAACAUGCUCUUCGCAAUUUAGAUGAAUUUGCAUGGUCUUGUGCAAGAAGUCAUUUUUAAAUUUGGGAAGAUCAUACCAAGCAAAAAAGAUGUCGGAAAUCUGAAACUGUGUGGCUGAAUGUGUGAGGUGGAUUUAGCAGUUUCUAUUCGCCUUUUUCCUGUUCGUAAUACAACUUGUCUUGUUUAUCUUUGCUACAAUUUUCAAGUUGACCAUGUAUAAAUUCAAGCUUGCCAGCUUUUUCAAAAAGGCUAUAACUGCUAUAUUUUUAAAUAAAAUAAAAUGUUGU